AUGAUGUCCGCGGACUGGAAAGCGGGGAUAUUCUUUCUAUUGCAGGUAUCUGUUGGGAUCCUGGGGAAUCUCUCUCUCUUGGGUCAUUACACGUCCCUUUAUCUCAGCAGGUGCAGGCUGAGACCUGUAGAUGUGAUUCUCGGACACCUGACUGUGGCCAACUGCUUGGUCAUUCUCUCUAGAGGAAUGACAAAGAUCAUGGAAAUGAUUCACUGGCAACGUCUCAACAAUAACUACGGGUGCGUAAUUGUUUUAUAUGUUCACAGAGUGGCCAGGGGUGUGUCCAUGGGGAGCACCUGCCUCUUGAGUGUCUUCCAGGUUAUCAUAAUCAACCCUAGGAAAUCCAGGUGGGCAGAGACGCAAACAAAAGCCACAAGGUAUGUCGGCCCCUGUAAUGUCCUGUGCUGGGCCCUCCAUUUGCUGGUCAAUGUCACGUUUCCUCUUUAUGUUUUGGACAAAUUCAGCAGUCGGAACAGCACACAGAACAAGCAUCGAUUGACUUGUGGUGCUGCAAUUCAUGAUAAAGUGAUGAACUCAUUAUUUGCAACAUUCCUGUCUUGCCACGAUGCCUCAUGUUUGGGAGUCAUGACCUGGGCCAGCAGCUGCAUGGUGUUCAUCUUGUAUAAGCACAGGAAGCAGGUGCAACACAUUCGCAGCAACCAUCACUCCCCAAGAUCCUCCGCUGAGACCAGAGCCACCCAAAGCGUCAUCAUCUUGGUGAGCACCUUUGUGCUGUGUUAUGCCCUUUCCUCCAUCAUUUUUGUCUACAUAGCUGUCUUUGAUAGGCCCAGUUCAUGGCUGGUGAACAUCGCUGCAAUUAUUACUUCAUGUUUUCCCAUGAUGAGCCCCUUCGUUCUCAUGUGGCGUGAGCGCAGCUCAUCCAGGCUCUGCUGCGUCCGCUGUGAGCGAAACAAAUGA